AUGGCGCACGCUACUGCUCUUCAGGCUUCGAUCCAGACGCCCGUCGCUUCGCUGUCUGGAGCGAGUUCCACCAAGGUCGUGGCAUCGUCGCCACGAGUCUUCUUCCAUGGAACCCAGCUCCACGUGAAGCAGACCGCCGCUCGCCGCGCCGCGGCCGCCAGCGUUGCAGUGCGCGCGGAGAAGGUCCUGUUCCCCAAGGAGCUGGAGGAGCCGGAAUCUCCGCCGCUCAACACGUACAAGAACAAGGAGCCGUUCAUCGGCACCGUGGUGUCCGUCGAGCGGAUCGUGGGCCCCAAUGCCACGGGCGAGACGUGCCACAUCGUCAUCGACCACGAGGGCAAGAUGCCGUACUGGGAAGGCCAGAGCUACGGCAUCAUCCCUCCCGGCGACAACCCCAAGAAGCCCGGCACGCCUAACACGGUGCGCCUCUACUCCAUCGCGUCGACGCGCUACGGUGACGACUUCGAUGGCCGCACGGGGUCGCUGUGCGUGCGGCGCGCCGUGUACGUGGACCCGGAGACGGGCAAGGAGGACCCCUCCAAGAAGGGUAUCUGCUCCAACUUCCUCUGCGACGCCAAGCCCGGGGACAAGCUCACCAUGGUUGGUCCGACGGGCAAGGUGAUGCUGCUGCCGGAGAAGGACCCCAAGGCGACGCACAUCAUGGUGGCCACGGGCACGGGUAUCGCGCCGUACCGCGGGUACCUGCGCCGCAUGUUCAUGGAGGACGUGCCGUUCAAGUUCAGCGGGCUCGCGUGGCUGUUCCUGGGCGUGGCCAACACGGACAGCCUGCUGUACGACGACGAGUGGAAGGAGUACCUGCGCCUCUUCCCCGACAACUUCAGGUACGACGUGGCUCUGAGCCGUGAGUCGAAGAACAAGAACGGAGGCAAGAUGUACAUCCAGGACAAGCUGGAGGAGUACGGUGAGGAGAUCUUUGACCUGCUGGACAAGGGUGCGCACAUCUACUUCUGCGGGCUCAAGGGGAUGAUGCCCGGCAUUGUGGACACGCUUAAGAGGGUGGCCGCCUCAAGAGGGCUAGACUAUGAGGAGUUCUCCGGCAAGCUCAAGAAGAACCACCAGUGGCACGUGGAGGUGUACUAA